CCUGGCACCAACACUGUUCGCUUUCCCUUCCUCUUUUCUCAGCUCUCUCUUUCCAGAUGUAGUGAAGUGUAUGCAGACUGACAACCUGGGACUAAAGAAGCUCGUGUAUCUCUACUUGAUGAACUAUGCCAAGAGUCAGCCAGACAUGGCCAUCAUGGCUGUCAACAGCUUUGUGAAGGACUGUGAAGAUCCCAAUCCUCUGAUUCGGGCCUUGGCAGUCAGAACCAUGGGGUGCAUCCGGGUGGACAAGAUUACAGAAUAUCUCUGUGAGCCCCUCCGCAAGUGCUUAAAGGAUGAAGAUCCCUAUGUUCGGAAGACAGCAGCAGUCUGUGUGGCAAAACUCCAUGACAUCAAUGCCCAAAUGGUGGAAGAUCAGGGAUUUCUGGACUCUCUGCGGGAUCUCAUAGCAGAUUCAAAUCCAAUGGUAAUAUGUUUCUGCGUUUAUAAGAGAGCAGUAUUUAAAAUGGGUCCCUUUAAAAAGCAUGGUUAAAAUAAAUUUUAUCUU